AAAGAAGAAAUGGAGGGGAGGGGGAAUUCAUAAAUCCGCGGUGGAAACGCUGCCGUAUUGGACUAAUCGGCAAAACCGAUAUUACAGAUAAGGAAGGGGUUGAUUAGAAACGCCAUCACCGGCAAUUGCAGAAAGUAAAUGUAUCGGUGUUUCACUUUCUAGCUUCACACUUUUUCCCCUCUUUUAGGUUUCGCCGGCCUCGCCCUCUCUCUCUCUCUCUCUCUUCUGAUCCAUCUGUUUGUCUUCAUUCCCCCUGUUUCCCAUAUGAAAAAUUUCUGUCUUCUUCUUCUUCUUCUGAUUCUGAUCGUUGAGCAAUCCCAUUUCAAUAUAAGUAACUAGUGAAAUAGUUUUGUAAUGUAUGCCAGUUACCCCAGAUCAUUCAUAUCUUUCUUUCGGUCUCCGUCUCUCUAGCCCUCCGCUUCUCUCUGUUUUUGUCUCUCUCUCUCUCUCUCUCUCUCUCUCUCUCUCUCUCUCAUUGAUUGAUCCAAAUUGAGAGUGGAAAUUAGCUUAAUGGCUGCCUGAAAGCUGAUCUGCACCCGAGUCCAAACUCCAAUCUCCAAACAACCCGUUUCAAGUUCAGAUCAAACUCCCAAAUCCCUUUUCCCUUUAACCAGAUCAGUGAUGCAGCUAGUCUCUUAAAUUGCAUUUUUUGUGGGAGAGCACCCGUACCGUUAAUUGCAGAGAGAGAGAGAGAGAGAGAGAGAGAGAGAUGCAGGGGGUACAGAGUUAUUUGACAUAUGGAUCUGGAGUUUACAGGCACUUCGCAGACACUGUAUGGCGGCCAUUAAUGAAAGCUCCUGCAAGAACCUCUGCCAUCUUCUUCUUCUUCCUCUGCCUCCUCUGCGGCGCGUUCCUCACCACGCGCUUCCUCAACUAUUCGGAGUCCAUCACCGGCGGUUCGGCUGAGAAGACACUGGCGGCGAGCAGAGCAAACGAAAUCCCCAAAAGGCCCCGCAAGAAAAUCGAAAUCCCCCUCAACUGCUCCGCCGUCGCCGGUAAUCUCACCGAAACCUGCCCGGCGAACUACUACCCAUCAAAUUUCCGGCCGGAGAACGAUCAGGACGGUCCAUGGGACCCACCGCCGACGUGCCCGGAGUACUUCCGCUGGAUCCACGAAGAUCUACGGCCCUGGAAGGACAGCGGGAUCACGAGGGAGACGGUGGAGAGAGCCAAGAGGACUGCCAACUUCAGAUUGGUAAUAGUGAACGGGAGGGCUUACGUGGAGACAUAUGUGAAGGCGUUUCAGACGCGGGAUGUUUUUACGCUGUGGGGAAUCCUACAGUUGCUGCGUAGGUACCCUGGGAAAGUCCCCGACUUGGACCUGAUGUUUGAUUGCGUUGACUGGCCGGUCAUCAGAUCGAGCGACUUUUCUGGGCCCAAUGCCACGACCCCACCGCCGUUGUUUCGAUACUGCGGAGACGGUGCCACGCUGGACAUCGUCUUCCCUGAUUGGUCCUUUUGGGGAUGGCCUGAGAUCAAUAUAAAGCCAUGGGAGUCCUUGCUGAAGGAGCUGAGAGAAGGCAACAAGAGAACCAAAUGGAUGCAAAGGGAACCUUAUGCCUACUGGAAGGGAAAUCCUUCUGUUGCCGAAACCAGGCAAGACCUACUCAAAUGUAAUGUCUCCGACAAACAAGACUGGAAUGCUCGCUUAUAUGCCCAGGACUGGAUCCGAGAAUCAAAUGAAGGAUACAAGCAGUCAGAUUUGGCAAGCCAAUGCAUUCACAGAUAUAAAAUAUACAUUGAAGGAUCUGCAUGGUCUGUAAGCGAAAAGUACAUCCUUGCAUGUGAUUCUGUCUCUUUACUAGUAAAGCCCCAUUACUAUGACUUCUUCACGAGAAGCCUGAUGCCAGUGCACCAUUACUGGCCCAUAAGGGAAGAUGACAAGUGCAAGUCUAUCAAGUUUGCCGUCGACUGGGGCAACAGUCACAAGCAAAAGGCACAGGCCAUCGGUAAGGCAGCGAGUGAAUUCAUUCAAGAGGAUUUGAAGAUGGACUUUGUGUACGACUACAUGUUUCACCUAUUAAAUGAAUAUGCUAGGCUCUUAAGAUUUAGGCCUACCAUACCGCCAAAUGCAGUUGAACUGUGUUCAGAGAUUAUGGCUUGCCCUGCACAGGGACCAGAGAAGAAUUUUAAAAUGGAAUCCAUGGUAAAGGGUCCUGCAGAAAAAGGCCCAUGCGACAUGCCUCCUCCGUAUGAGCCCCCAGCUCUGCUUACCCUUCUCAGGAGAAAAGCAAGCUCAAUAAAACAAGUGGAGACAUGGGAAAGUAAAUAUUGGGAAAAUAGAAACAAGCAGCUCCAGUGAGGUUUCUUUUAUUUGUUUAUGAUUAAGAUGAAUGUAGCAUAGACAUUCAUAAGUAGAUAAUGUAUCAGAUAAAGGAAGUAUUUGGUGUAAUUUUUAUAUGAACUUGUCAUCAAUGCCCGGUGUUGAGUAAUUCCCAGGCAAGUUUUUUGAUACUGGCGGCCGAUUUUGUCAGGAAAAAACAGAGGAAUGAAUCCAAAAUGCAAAUCUUCUGCCCA